GAAGUAAAAAAUAUUGAUAAUAUAAGUAUGGAGAAUAGAAAAGAAUAGAAUAUCAUUUUAGUCGGGACAUUAGGUGUAACAGCAGCAAUUAUAUUCACAACAGGGGUAAAUAGUAAAGAGUACAAAUACAAGUAAACAUAACACAGAAUUACAAAAAAAUUUAAAUACUCAAAUAUUCAAGAUUCCAAAAUUUAAUUUAUACAGAUUCUAGAAAUAAAAUAUAAAAAUCUAGAGAUAACUUGUGGAUUUUAAAAAAAUGGAACAUUUUGCAGCUGGUGGAACUAGCCAGAGGCCCGUCUACCCGCGGCCAAUCAGGAUACCGGAUGGGAGGCUGAUCCAGGACCGGCUGGCUGUCAAUCACACGGAGCUCCGACUGCAGCUCAGUCCGGUGGCGGACCGGUGACACCUCUGACAGAUAGCGGACCAGUUCCCAGCCGCACCACCUUCUUUGUUUACAGCACGAUGACUGACGCUGAGCUGGUGAAGAAGACACUGCGGGCCAUCCUCCAGUCCAACAAAGGAGGAGUGUCGGUGUCCCGUCUGCAAUCAGAGUACAAGGAACUUACAGGAGAGCAGAUACCACACAAACAGAUGGGACACAACCAGCUGGAGGCUCUGCUGGCCAGCAUGCCCUCUGCUCGCAUGGAGCGGUGCCAUUCAGGGGAGGUUAUUUAUUUUUCCUCUGGAGCCAGCGAGACAGCACAUUUAGCCAAGGUGGUGGCCCGUCAGCGGAGCUCCAAGAGGAUGGGCCGACCCCACCUGGUCAACACCCAGAUGAGAGUCAAACCAGCAGCCCCUCUCGUUUUGAACGCAAAACCCCAAACCUCUCUGAGGCAGCCGAGCCACCGGGGACGAGGCGGAGGUAGAGGAGGAGGUUGUGGUCGUGCGUCGGCACAUGGAGACUUCAGACAGACCAGAGACAUAAGGGAUGGCCCGACAGAUAGCAGGACUGGGGGACAUCCAAACAAGCUCUCCAGGCAGCACACUCCCGUAAAGAAAGGCAACCUACCAGCAGAGAAGCCAGACAAGAGGAUGACCCUGCCCUCACGGUUUCAGAAGGAGGUGCACACUCACCUUUCUAGAAACCCCCAACAAGUUGGUCCACCAUUGAAUCUCAAUGAGAGCAUUGCAUCAGAAAAAGGAAAGCCCUAUAACCCACAGCAGGUCCAGGGUCGCAUCAAGGAGAUCUUAGGAAAGUACAGCAAUGGCUUCUGGGUAUCCAAGCUGCCUCAGAUCUACAGAGAGCUUUACAAACAGGACCUGCCUUCAGAGACCCUCAGAGACCUGGAGACCUGGACUCACAUAUGCGCUGUGGAGAAAACUUGCAGCAGCAGCCCUUCUGAGCUGCUCCUCUACCCCGCCAAGGAACACCCCACCUCACUGAGCCCGUCACCCUUCCUCAACUCUGACCUCAUCACCUCCGCUCCAGCUACAAACCCUGGUCCAGAUAAACCUUCCCCCCAACAGAGACGCCCCAGUACUCCUCUGACUCGCUCCGGUUCCCAAUCUCCUCAGUCUCCUCCUUGCUCUUCCUCCUCCUCCUCCUCCCCCAGCCCCUCUUCCUCCCCUGCCAGCCUAAGCCCAGACCUGAAGCAGAAACUGGAGAAGCUGCUGAUGAAGUACUCCAAUGGUUUGUGGGCCCACGCACUGCCCAAGCUCUGCCAGGACACCUACAAGACCAAACUACCUGGACACGUCCUGGAGAACCUUGACCUCCUCUCUGACAUAUGCACCAUCGACUACCCGGUGCCUGACAACCCCAAGAGGGCCAUCCUGUACAGGCGGAGCAGCGCCGGAGGUGGAGAGGACGAGAACUGUAACAGAAGGAGCUCCUCUGCCAGUGAUGAGGAGCUGAGACUGAGGAAGGAGGUGGAGAGGAGGCUCAGUAAUUAUGCGGUGCCUUCUCUGCAGAUCCCCAAAGAGGAGUACCCGUCUGUGCUGGUGAUCGAGGCCCCCAACACCAACGGAGUUCUACUCAGGUACAUUGGUGAGGGCUACUCUCUGGCGCAGGAGGCCAUGGAGGAUGAGAUGAGGGCGUUUUAUGGCUCGGACCAAAACCGCCCAACUACUGUGUCGUCUCCAUCCUCGGGCCAGCUGGUUGCAGUCAGAGCAGAGGAGGAGGAGGAGGAGAUCCUGAGAGGGCAGGUCUGCGAGGUCACGCCUGAUAAAGUUAAGGUGUACUACGUGGACCAUGGCUUCUCAGAGGUGGUCAACAGAGCCAAAGUGUUUGAACUGCAUGAGAAGUUUUUCAAGCUGCCUUUCCAGGCAACCAAGUGUAAGCUGGCAGGCCUGGAACCGUUCUGUCAGGAACCCGCUGUGCUGAAGAAGUUUGAGACCAUGGCCACAGGAAGAAUCCUCUUGGCCGAGGUCUUAAAACGAGACGAGACUCCACUGGUGGUGCUGUACGACACGUCUCAGGACGACGACCUGAACAUCAACGCUGCCUGCAUUAAAGCUUUGCAGGACAAGACGCUAGCAAGUCCGCUGCAGGUGAACAGCGCUUACAUGAACGUGACGGUCAGCAGCGUCUGCUCAGACGGGACCAUCUACUGUCAGCUCCCCACCAGAGGACUCUCAAAGCUGAACCAGAUAUUAGAAAGCAUCGAGACGUACUUCCACACACAGGUGACAUCAGAGUUCUUGGUUUCCAGACCUUUUUGUGGGAAAGGCUGUUUGGCUCGCUAUAAAGGCAGAUGGUCUCGUGUAGAGAUCAGUAACUUGCACGGCAGCAGGGUGUUGGACAUCCUGUUUAUUGACGUGGGUGUUCAGGCUUCUGUGGAGGUGUUUGAGCUGAGAGAAAUCCCGCCACAGUUCCUCCGGGAGCUGGCGGCCAUCCCACCACAGGCUGUGAAGUGCUGUUUGGCUGACUUGGCUGUCAGCGUCGGAUCCUGGACUCCAGAAGUUGUUCAGUGGCUUCGAGAGAAAGUGCUCAACACUACAGACUGUAGCAUGAAGGUUGCCAAAGUGGAUGAAACCAAGCGCUGCAUCUACAUCCACCUGUUCACAGAUAAGAACUUCCACGACCCGGCCCGCAGCCUCAACCAGCAGAUGGCCCAGUCCAACCUGUUCAAACAGCAACCAGACGUCAUACUGACCAGCCACAGCCCAACCAAGAUUACCACCAACCCUUUCUCCUCCAAGACCUCCAGCUCCAGUGACUCCACCAGCAGCAGCCCGACGUCAGCUUCUGUCCCAGCCAAGCUUCACCCCAGGAGGACUCUGGUGGGACCUGGAGGAGGAGGAAGGGGGAGCACACCCCCAGCAGACCCAGCACAAACAUCAUCAUCACCUGCAUCGUUUCUGCAGCUGCCUCCACUUAUAGAUUUACCUCCAGCAGGAAACAAUAUGGAUGUGUUUGUGUCUCUGGCCUGCCACCCGGGGCACUUUGUGCUGCAGCCCUGGAGAGACAUGUACAAGCUGGUGGUGCUAAUGGGGGAGAUGAUCCUCUACUACAAUAAGACUGAGGAGGAACCAGUCAGCAUAGAGAAGAAUCAGAUUUAUGCUGCUAAGAUAGAGAACAACUGGCAUCGUGUACUAGUGAAGGGCGUUCUGACCAAUGGGUUGGUGUCUGUGUAUGAGCUGGACUACGGUAAACACGAGCUGGUCAGCUGCAGCCGGCUCAAACCUCUGAUCAAGGAGUUCAGACAGCUGCCGUUCCAGGGGAUCCACGCUCAGCUGGCUGGAGUGAAGCAGAGUCAAUGGUCAGAGGAGGCCUCCAUCGUUUUCAGAAACCACGUGGAGAAGAAGCCUCUGGUGGCCCAGCUGGAGGCCGUGCAGGAAGCUUCCAACCCGUGGGACAGGAAGCUGACGGUCUUCCUGGUGGACACGUCGCAGGAAGAGCAGGACAUCUGGAUGCAUGACAUCAUGGCCGAGUUUGCAGAUGAGUCGAGCAACGAACUAUAGACAAUAAACUGCUGUGGAAACGAGCAACAGGAGAACCUAGGGGGUCUUAAGGUGGAUUUAAAGAAGAAAGGAUUUUAAAAAUGUGAACACAUAGAUCAGUGAAAAAGACAUUAAAUUAUAAUUAUUAUAGGCUGCACAUAUCAACACACGGAAAUCUGUAUCAGUAUGUUGAGAUGAAGAUGAUAUUUGUUACCAGCAUAACUAAAUAAUACAAAGAAGCUAUCCUAAACCAUGUAGUGCAGCAACCUGCUGAAGUUGUGCAUGUUUGAGUGUGUGAGACAGCCUGAAAACCAGUCCUGCUAAAUGUGACUCCAUGUGUCCUCACACUUCACAUGCAUUGGUUUACAGUCUGCUUUGAGCGAUAUGUCCAAAUGUUUACAAAAGUUCAGCCAAACAUUUCUUAAUAGAGGAGGAGUUGGAAUCUCAAAAAGCGAUUUUAACAGGUAAUUAUGUGUAAAUUCGUCAAAAAUUAGCUCAGCCAAGAUGAAACCCAAGGACUAAUAAUGAAGAUUUAUAGAUUUGAUUUGUUAAUUUGCUUCAGUAUGGUUUUGCUUGUGUUUGCAUUAGUGGUUUUAUCGGAACGCGUGGCUCUGCAUGCAGGAUGAACAGUUUAGUCUAUUAUAUUUAUUAUUAAAAUAUUAAAGAAUAAAGUGGAAGUUAGAUCAUGACCAGUUGUCAGCACAGUCUUUAAUAAGAGUUCACUGCUUUUAUGGUGGAGUUCUGUGGAAACCAGGGUUGUGUAUUAGUAAGAAUCUGGUGAUACGAUAUAUUGUAUCAUAUCGUAUCGCAGUACAGGGCAGGCGAUACACUAUAUUGUGAUACUAAAAGCCAGGUGAUAUUUUCAAAUUUUAACACUGAAAUUAAAUGGAAUAUCAGACCAAACACUUACAAGACACAUCCAUUGUUGUCACAAGAUCUAAUCCGAAUGGAGAUGGUUAAAACUGCUGCCAUCUAGUGGUUCGAGUUUGAAUUGCACCACCCACAAGAAAUGGUUAAUGUUUGCUUGAAAAUUUUCAUUAAAGUCAAUACACUGCUAUAAAGAUCAAUUCAGUAUCAUAACAUAAAAUAUCGCAAUAUUUCAGUGUGUCAAUAUUUUCUUACUUUCCUAGUGGAAACCGUAUCUUACCUGUGGUAGAUAGUUCUUUGGAUAGCCUCAACUUGGAGAAAUAGAUUAGUUCUGAUCAGACAAGUGACUCUGGGUUCAGUUUCAAAUGCUCUUCAAUCAUGUUUAAACUGUCAUAUUUUUAUAAUGGUUUUUCUGGAGAGAAUUGAGAUGAAAUUCCAACCAGAAACGCUACAGAAGCUAGCUAGCCUGACAGCUACAUUUGAAAUUAUAUUUAUGUUUAUGUUUAUUCAUUUAGCAGACGCUUUUGUCCAAAGCGACUUACAAUUUAUAACCUAUAGGGCAUGUUGUGAUCUGUGGGGGAAACCGGAGUACCCGGAGGAAACCCACGCAUGCAUGGGGAGAACACGCAACUCCACGCAGAAAGGCCGCAGCCGAGUUUCGAACCUGCAGCCUUCGUGCUGUGAGGCAACAGUGCUAACCACUGCGCCACCAUGCAGCCCGUAUUUAAACAACCAUUAAACAUAUAAUGGUGUAAUCAUUUAUAAACUAACAUUUGUAAGAUCUGCGAUGAACAUUUUAGGACUGCAGUUGUUUUAAAACAGAAGGAGCACUUUGUACCUGGCCCCACUGAGACUAGCCUUUAGCAUGUCAGUCUAUUUCUCUAGACUGAGGCUGAUUAAAAAGCCAUCAACAACUGGUAAAAAUAUUAACUGGUCAUAAUUUUACAACAGAAACAUACAUUCAGAAGAUUUGAGCUAUUCCUUCGACUUAUCCGUGGGAUUGUUAUGUUUAAACCUGAACCUGAUUUGUGUUAUUAAAGCUGCUAUAGCUAAUUUGGAAAAUAAGUUAACCUAAAACAUUUUUUAUGCCUCUUAAUGCUAACAAAGUAUAGCUAUAAAUAUAUUGUGGAGAUAAAAAAAUAAACAAACAAGAAAAUUUGUCUGAAGCAACCACUGGACCAUCCAGCUGUCAGUUUUGCUGAACCACCACACUUCCCUGGGUUCUCCAUUCAUUACGCACUCAUGUAUUUAGCAACAGAACACCACUGGUGUGAGAGGUUCCCAGCUCAAUAAUAUCAGAGAAGGAGAAACAGCCGGCUGCUACCACUUCAACUUAAGGACAAACUACCAGAGUCCCCAAAAGAAAAACACCAUUUGAAAUCACAAACAACAAAAAUGCUUGACCCUAGAAAACCGUGACUGGUGUUUAGCACUAUCUCGUUUCCUUUGGUAACACUGGUUUUUGGUUCCGGUGGAUGCAAGGGAAGAUACCCGAGGGAAGGGGUGAGAGCUCCAUGACAAAAACCUAGCUUGUUUGCAGAUUCACUAUAGCAGCUUUAAUAUCUUCCACUAAUUCCUGUUUUCCAGCUAUUUUGGAAGAGAUCAAACUUUUGCACAUCUUCCUGACUUGUAUACAGAUGAUUUGCAGUUAAAAUAACAGAUUCAGAGAAAAGUGUGUAAAAAUUCUAGAUUUUUCUUGAAUUGUUGCAUUAAAUGUGGGACUUGGUUGGGAUUUGAAACUGAAAUAUGACAAUUUUCUGGUUUGUAGAGCUGACAAGGCUCAAAGCUGCUUUAUUAGACAUUUUAUUUAUAAUUAACUUAUAUUCUUUAGAUUCAUAUAAACACAAUAUGACUCACAUAUUGUUAUGACGUGGCUAAUUAAACAUGUUUUCUGAACAAA